AUGAUCAAUGAAGCAGCUGCUGAAACCUCAAGCAGUACUGCUGUAGCGCCGCUAAACCCGAUAGAAUAUCCCAUCGUCUUUACUAAGGAAGAUGGGGUGAUACCUGCAGUGGGAAUAUUUAACGCACUACAGUGGUUAUUGCCCCUGUUUCAACUUGCCACGUGGUUACCGAAACAUGUCGGGCGCGAAGGGAAUAUAAAAGGGCUUGCGUCGGCCACAAAAAACACUUCUACAGCUUCCGAGGAGGAAAUUGAGUUAACCCGCAGUCUCCUUCCUCAUUUUGAGCAGUUCUUCACUGUGGAGAGUAAAGUUGUCCCCAACGGCUCGAUGUUGCGCUCAGUGCAAACUUUCCGCUACCCAACGCCACGAGGGCCGCGUACCAUCACACGAGCAUUAGUUGAAGCCCCUAAUAAAUACUUUUCGCCUCUUCAUGCAGCAAAGGGGGGUGGCCACUUCUUGUGUUGUUACGAAGACAGGGAGUUGUUACGUCAUUUCACCUACCUCGAACUGGACCAACUUCGCUUUGCAUGGGUUGCGGGGAAGGAGUUGGUGGCGGAGCAUAAAGCAGUACAUCAGACGGACGGCACACUCACCGGGCUCGCCAGGCGCGAUAUAAAAAAUAAUAACAGCGGCACUGCUGCAGAAAAUGGAGAAGGGAAUGUUACAAACUCCCGUGCUGGACAGGGAUGUUAUGGCAAUGGAAAUAAUAAUAACAACAACAACGAUAAUGUGGCUGCUGGCAAUGGCGCUACGGCUCCACCACCUGUGGUGAGGCGGCCGCAUCCCAGCAGUAAUGUUAUAACCGGCCCUAGUCAGGAGUUGCGUAAAGCAAGAGAAGAAAAGCAGGAAAAGAAAUAUAUGAGUGAUUUGUUGCGUGACGAAUGCACCACCCGCUGGCCACACACACCAGUGCAUAAAUCCGUCAUUUUUAGUUUGGAGGAACAACAGGCGGAAACCGUUGGGGGACGGCCAGGCCGUAAGGGUCCGCGCAUGUACUUGGCAACGGUGGAGCUACCGCUGCUUAAUGGUAAGAAAGGUGGAACCGCUUCCUUUAAGGCACAGCAGUGGUGCACAACAAAAAAGGAUGCGGAGAAUGCAGCGGCUGAGGUGGCGCUGCGUGCGUUGAGAACAUUAAAACUAUGA